AUGGUGCUUACAAAGGAAUGUAGUGCUAUUAUUCAAAAGGAUCUCCCUAAGAAGAUACAAGAUCCAACAAGCUUUUUUAUUCCUUAUACCAUUGGUGAUAUUACUAUUCAGAGGGCAUUAUGUGAUCUUAGAGCUAUCAUCAAUCUCAUGCCACUUUUUUUUAUGAGAAAGCUCAAAAUUGAUGAGGUAAAACUCACUUGUAUUUCUCUUCAAUUUGCUUAUCGUUUAAUCAAAUUUUCUGUUGGAAUUGUUGAGAAUUUACUUGUGAAAGUAGAGCCUUUUAUCUUUCCUACUGAUUUUGUUAUACUGGAUAUGAAAGAAGACAAGAAUGCUCCUAUUAUUUUAAGGAGACCCUUUUUAGCUACAGGACGAGCCCUUAUUGAUGUACAAAAUGAUGAACUUACUUUGAGAGUCAAUGAAGAAGAGGUUGUCCAUAAUGUGCUUGAGGCUUUGCAACAUCCUUAUUAUUCAGAGGGAUAUAUGAGAGUUGAUCUUAUUAAUCCAUUGAUUCAAGAAGUCUUUGAAGUGAAAGAGCUUGAUGGUGUUCUGGAACCCCCUUUGGAGAAUGGUUUGCUAGAUAUUGAUGAUUUACCACCACCAAAGGGGGAGACAAACACGCCUAGUAAGGAAGAAGGACCACCGAAGCCUGAGUUAAAGCCCUUGCCUCCCUCUUUGAAGUAUGCAUUUCUAGGCGAGCAUGAUUCUUAUCCAGUGAUUAUUAGCUCCUCUCUGAGUCAUGAUAAAGAGGAUGCUUUGAUAUAG